CAGAGGUGACCGCAUGUGGAACGCGACGCCGAACGAGGAGCCGGGAACCAACUUCACGUUGACCGACUUGGGCUGGAACUCAGCCCCCGGCAAUGGCUCUUUCGACGACGAUCUGGGGCAGCUCUUCCCCGCGCCGCUGCUGGCCGGCGUCACCGCCACCUGCGUGGCGCUCUUCGCGGUGGGUGUCGCCGGCAACCUGCUCACCAUGCUGGUGGUGUCUCGCUUCCGCGAGAUGCGCACCACCACCAACCUCUACCUGUCCAGCAUGGCCUUCUCCGACCUGCUCAUUUUUCUCUGCAUGCCGCUAGACCUCGUCCGACUCUGGCAGUACAGGCCCUGGAACUUCGGCGACCUGCUCUGCAAACUCUUCCAGUUCGUCAGCGAGUGCUGCACCUAUGCCACCGUGCUCACCAUCACCGCGCUCAGCGUCGAGCGCUACUUCGCCAUCUGCUUCCCGCUGCGGGCCAAGGUGGUGGUCACCAAGGGCCGGGUGAAGCUGAUCAUCCUGGUCAUCUGGGCUUUGGCUUUCUGCAGCGCGGGGCCGAUCUUCGUGCUGGUGGGCGUGGAGCAUGAGAACGGCACCGACCCACGGGACACCAGGGAGUGCCGCGCCACUGAAUUCGCCGUGCGCUCGGGGCUGCUCACAGUCAUGGUGUGGGUGUCCAGCAUCUUCUUCUUCCUGCCUGUCUUCUGCCUCACUGUGCUCUACAGCCUCAUCGGCAGGAAGUUGUGGCGGAGGAGGCGCGGCGACGCAGCCGUGGGUGCCUCAUUCAAGGACCAGAACCACAAACAAACCGUGAAAAUGCUGGCUGUAGUGGUGUUUGCUUUCAUCCUCUGCUGGCUGCCCUACCAUGUAGGGCGAUACUUAUUUUCCAAGUCCUUUGAGGCUGGCUCCCUGGAGCUUGCUCAGAUCAGCCAAUAUUGCAACCUGGUAUCCUUUGUCCUCUUCUACCUCAGUGCUGCCAUCAACCCCAUCCUGUACAACAUCAUGUCCAAGAAGUACCGGGUGGCAGUGUUCAGACUGCUGGGAUUCAAAGCCUUCUCUCAGAGGAAGCUCUCCACUCUAAAGGAUGAAAGUUCUCGGGUCUGGACAGAAUCUAGUAUUAAUACAUGACCGAACACACUGCUGAGCAAAGUCAUUGCUUUUUAUUCUAAACUGGAAGCCAUAACAUCACAGAAGUUGGGAGGCAGUUGAAGGUUACAUUUAUAAUUAGGGACACAAAGAUCUGGAAUCAAUUUGGGCAAAAGAAAUGAUAGGAUUUAGAGGGUGUGGGCAGUUUGAUUGCACAGUCAUCAGUGCUCUCAUUAUUUCUACCUAGUCACUGCCUAUGAUUUUGCAUUCUGCUAGUGGGGCUGGCAAGGGGUUUGCAAGUCAGAGAGAGGAAAAGGUUCAGAGGGGGCAAUUUGGGCACUUUUCGAUGGGUAAAUACUAA